CGACAAAGCCGACAGAGCCCGCGGAGGCGAGACACGGACGCCUUGCCGUACACGCUCUCCGUCUCUGUCAUCGUCGUCAUCCACGACAAAAGGCUCAGAGGCUGAGAGGAAACCACGAGAGGUGGCAAGAAACGACUUCGUCUCACUACCCAGGGGCUUUUAUGCUGCGGAACGAAGAUAUGCCGCGAAUGAACUGAAUGAAUUAAGCACCGAAUCCUUCUUUCAUAUGGACUCUUCAACUUUCUCGAAUGUCAUUGCUGUGAAACGUGAAACCACCCUAUGAAGCCAGACUCACGGAAACUGCGAUGAGGCUUCACUUAGCGCUACAGCCUUCCGCUCACAGCUCAAAGAGAGAUACAGCUGACAGAGAAACGAUGUCUGCUUUCUCGGUCGACCUAGUUCUUUUCGUCCUGAAAGUCCUUGUCGCUGUUUGUGACGUCAUUACCCUUCCUAUCUAUUUUGUACGUCAAGAGCCGUGGGUAUACUGGAAGCAAAAACGAAUGCGCUUCGCCAAGCCUAUCAAAGAGGGUGACCCAUCGUCACCGUACGUGCACCCGAAAAAGCUCCAGAGAGAAUGCCUGAAAGGGGUCCAAACGCUGAACGAAGCUACCCGCAACGCCAUUCGUUUGUACCCCGAGCGACCCGCUUUAGGAACUCGGCCCGUCCUGGGACAAAGCGAAGUGAAGCAACCCAGCGGCAAUGUCUUCAAGAAGCUCGUUCUGGGCGACUACCAGUGGCUCACGUAUCAGGAGGUUGACGAGAAGAUUGACCUGACGGCUCGCGGUCUACAGUCAAUAGGCCUGAAGCCCCGUCAGCGCUUGGGCAUCCUCGCCGAGACGCGCGCCGAGUGGUUCAUAACAGCGCAGGCCUGUUUCCGGACCAACGUGUCGCUAGUCACUCUGUACGCGACGCUUAGCAACGAAGGAAUAGUGAGUGCCGUGAACAGGACUGAGGUGACGCACCUUGUCACCUCGGCGGAUCUUCUGCCCCGGGUGCUAAGCAUGGCGGACAAGAUGCCGUCACUUACGCACGUUGUCUAUAUAGAGGACGCUCACUCUAGUCGUACAGCACCCUUAGCUCAAGGUUUUCAGGUAAGUACCCCGCGCGCCACAUUAUGGAUCUCUGCUUAAUCGCGGUACCAUCGCGCCUGCUUCAAUAACGCUCGCUGGUGGGCUACCGGUGAAGAAAUUACGUGGUAGUGUUCCGGCAUAUACAAAGCAUAGAAAAAGACAUGCAUAUUGAAGCAGAUGGAAAAAGAAAGAAUGAAAAGCACAGGAGAAAAUAGAACCCCGUUAAAUAGAGAAAGGUGGGAAUUUGCCUGUCACCAUACCGUUCAUUGAAUUAUCAAGAAAUGCACACGUUUGCUUGUCAAUAAACAGGGAACGACUUUUGUAUGCGUUAGUGGACCACGGUGACGCAUAUGCGCGUGAUUAGCUCAUUUUCCUUCGUUCAUCUUCUCUUACGUUAUUCGGUCCUUGCAUAUAUUCGGGAGCUAACGCUCAACGGCACUGUGUCCUGUCCCUCGUUUUCUUCUAUGCACUCUCUAUGUGCUGAAACACUGCCACGGAGAAGUCCCAAGUACACUGAUAAACUGAAUGUGUCACUCAUUCAAAUUAAACACGAAUAAAUAGUAGCCUGCUUGAUCUAAAAGUUGAAUUUGACGAUCGACAACUGUGCGCGCCACAACCGUUGCGAUUUAGGUGUUGCUUGUCCCUCUGAGCAAAAGUUCGCCCAGCAUUCAAACUUGGGGCAGUGUAAACGUUUUCUCCGCUACUUCAGCGGAACAAUGUAAUUUCAUCAUCAGAACGUGCUAGCCGUGACCUUAAAGUAAAAAGAAAGAUCAGUGUAGUAUAGGAAUAGAAAACAUUUGUUAACAACGUUUUAGCACCUUCCGCGACGCUGUUCCCACGUAAAGAACCGAUAAACUACAAUGAAAGAUCCAGGGUUUCGGCUGAAUUGCCAGAAGGGUUUAGUAAAAGUAGAAUACCUGAAACUUUACAGAGUAAGCUUUAGCUUGAGUAAAGCUUCUGUUUGUUAGUUCGCAGUCCACUGUAACGCAAUGAUAGCGCGAGCAAAUCACAAAAAAAGAAACAAAGAAAGACGUUCGUCCUGUCGUUUCCUUUUUCUUAACCUCCUACACACACUGUUAUACCGUUACCUUUUACUUCAAUACCUAAUGGUUAGACCCUCAGAGCAUUCGGUUGCUGUGCCGGAAGACAGAGGUUCGAUCCCACCAUCAGUGCCCACACUCACAUAGCGUUAGUCUUUCUUUUUACGCGAUGCAAGAAGUAAGGCGUGCAGGUUAUUUCGAGGCGUAAGAAGAUGUAGGAGCAUGUCUAGUGUGAGGUCAAUGUUGUGGUUUAAAAUCUAAAUGUUGUAGUUUAAAAAGGCACCCGCUUAUUCUGCUGAAGUAAUUUGAAGAAAGCAGUUGCACGAAGCUACCAUGCGCGCCUUCCAUCGCGCAAAAAAAAAAGAAAGAGAAACGGAUGUACGAUUUCGCCGAAGGCGAAUGUUUUCGGUCGACUCUAAUUGUAGACUUCCGUUCUAUCGCAGGUUAUACCAUUCUCUAGACUUCAAACCUUGGGAAGCCAGCGCUACAUGGAAGAGUGCCCACCUGGGCCUGAAGACAUCGCCAUCAUCAUGUUUACUAGCGGAUCCACAGGAAUUCCCAAAGGCGUCAUGGUUACGCACAGUAAUCUCUUGACGACGAUCAGAUCCUUCGGAUUCCUAUGCCAGGGUUACGGGGUCUCAGGGAGCGAAGACACCUACAUUGCCUUCCUGCCGCUCGCCCACAUGUUUGAACUUUCUUUUGAGCUAUUACUGAUGAGCGUCGGCGGUCGCAUAGGCUACUCGUCUCCUCUCACGCUCACCGACAAAUCAAGCGGCAUCGCUCCGAGCUGUCGCGGAGACGCAACCGUUCUGAAGCCGACUCAGAUGAUUUGCGUUCCCCUCGUAGCAGACCGUAUUCGAAAAGAAAUCAACCAAACGGUUGCUUCCAAAGGCAUCUGGUUCAAGGCGCUGUUCGACUACGCAGUUCAAUACAAAUGCUUCUGGUUGGACCUCGGUUUCAAUACUCCUAUCCUCAACCACCUACUUUUCAACAAGACAAGCCGCCUUCUCGGCGGCAAAACCAAGUUCGUUGUGAGCGGCUCGGCCCCACUGUCCGAUCAAACGCGCUGGUUUCUGCGGGCCUGCUUGAAUUGUGCGGUCGUCGAAGGUUACGGCCUGUCAGAGACCAGCUGCGUCACAACCGUCAUGGAUCAGCGGGACACCAGUACGGGUCGCGUCGGAUCCCCUCUGCUCGGCUGCUACCUGCGCCUGGUUGACUGGCCGGAAGGGGGCUACAGUAACACCGACAAGCCCAACCCUCGCGGCGAGGUCGUCGUGGGAGGCCCGUGCGUUGCCAAGGGCUACUUCAAAGACGAAGAACUCACGCGAAAGUCGUUUCAGGAACAAGACGGCAUCCGGUGGUUCUACACGGGCGACGUCGGCGAGAUCUUUCCCGACGGUACGCUCAAGAUCAUUGACCGCAAGAAGGACAUCGUCAAACUUCAGCACGGCGAGUACGUUGCACUCGCGCGCGUCGAGGCUGUGCUCAAGUCGUGUCCCCUCGUCGAAAACGCGUUCGCGUACGGUAACUCCCUGUACACCUACCUGGUGACCUUCGUAUCGCCAAACUACGAUCAACUACGCCGGUUGGCUAGAGGCCUCGGCAGGGGUCACUUGGUGAGCAUGAAAGAACUGUGCUACGACGCCGAAGUAGCUAGCGCCGCCCAGGAGUCGAUUCUGAACUACGCGCGCUCGUGCGAUUUGCAGAAGGCCGAGGUGCCGCUCAAGGUAAGAUUGUGCCACGAGGAGUGGACGCCGGACACAGGACUCGUGACGCCUACGCUCAAGCUUUGCAGAACGCCGCUGCAAAAGUACUACCAGAGGGAUAUUAACGCCCUCUAUGAGUCGGAUGAGAAAGCAUUGUGCACAGCACGAACCAUCACAAAUAACUGUACCGGAAAUUAAACUGUACCUGUCGUGUUCGAGAUACUCUUUCACAUGACGUACGUAGAGGCGCCCAAGUGUUGAUACUCAAGGGCCGCACUGAAAUCACACUGACUGACGAUGGCGUAACUACAGGCCAAGAAGUGAACGCCCACACAAUAUUACAAAGGGUUGGCGGUGACCAGACGUAAAAAAAUAAGAGAAAGCGCGAGUGUAUUGCACAACAGACAUCAGCCCUACUACUCAACGUCUGCUAUAUACAUACAGGGAUCCCGUUGGCCGGCAAUAUAAACGAGGCAAUCACUAGGACUCUGAUAUCACGUCUUUCAAAGACGGAAACACUACCAGGGACGACGCACAUGCAAAAGUGGCCGGACCUCUCCUUGUGGGACUUCGCCCGUUAGGCUGGAGAGGACUGCCGGAUUACGCUGCUUGAUUACGCUGUACAUUGUAGACGCCAUUAAAUACAAUUAAUAAUUAACACUAAUCAAAUACUAGGGUCUAACGUGCCAAAACGACGAUUAAUUUGAUCUUUCUUCGUCCUCUCGAUAUUGUUAUGUAUGAUCUUGGCCAGCAGCGAUCGAGGCGAGUACAAUGGUGAUUUUCUUUGGCUUUUGCGCACGCUUCCCACAAUCGCAGGGAAACUUAUAGGGCCUACGUGUUUACGUAUAAAACAUGGAUACGAAGCAGGUAUGAGGCACCAUGAUUUGCAUAGGUUGUAUUCACAGUGACAAGAAACACGCUCAGCAAAAGUAUCGGUAUGGAUCCAAGAAAGCCACAUAGACUAAGGAUCCACGUGACACUCUCAAUCAUAUUGUUUUAUACUAUGCGUGAAGAAAGAUUCUUUCUUCCUUUCUCUUUCUUUCUUUCUUUUUCUUUCAAUUAGUGUGCCAGUGCAGUGUGCGUGAAAUGGAAGCAUUACGUUUUAAAUUGUGUGCUCUUUCAAUUACAAGCGCUUUAUUCUUUUCUAUUGUUUUUUUUCUGUACUCGCAGUCAAUAGUGAAUACGCAAUAAUUUGCGUGUUCACAUGUGACAUCGUUGAAGGU